AUGGAUCAUCACGAGUUUGCUCAAACUUUGGGUGAUGAGGCGAAGCUUUGGCUUCCAUCUGAUAUGUUCUUAAGUGAAGUGAUUCCUUCUGAAUAUAGUCCUAAUUCUCACAACUUUUCUUGCAAUAUGGAUGACCUUGCUCACCAUUUGGCUACUCUUUCUUUUCUCGAAGAUAGGCCAGCAAGAAACCUCUGUAGACCCCCUGCUCCAAAACCAACACCAUGUUCACAGUGUAUUAUACCAGUGGUUCGUGAUGUUUCAGUGAACCAUUUACUACCUGGGUAUCAUAAUCUUGAUUUCAAUGGCGGUGUUGAAGUUGGUCAAAGGCUUAAUGGGAAUGGACCUGGACAUCUUUCCACCCGGUUUGACCCGGUUUACAACUUCCAAGUUAAACAACAGGUUGAUGAGUAUCUGGAAACAAGAGCUAGGGUUUUACAAAACCAGCAAAACCGCCUUCAAAACCGGGUUUAUCCGUUUCAGGGAAAUGGACGUGGUCUUGGUGGUGGUUUUACGAAAGAGUCUGGAGGUACUGGUGUGUUCCAUCCUCGCAUUGUAAACCCCACCACAACUACCAGUACUAAUGUACUGAAAAAGAAGGAAGCUGUGGCGCAGUGCAUAUUGCAGAAUAGUCUGUCUGGUUGCAGACUAAAGUCUGUAGCAGUCGAGAAGGACAUAUCUGAUUAA